AAUGACUGAUAUAGACUAAUCAAUUGAAGCAAGAAUAGAUAAAUUUGAAUGUAUUCUAUAAUAUCAUUAUUUUAUAGCUGAUUUAAAUAGAGUAAGUUUAUAAUAAGAUGCUCUUCUUCCAUUAUUGUAAAUGAUUGAAUAUAUUCCAUCAAUUCAAAGAACUGAAACUAAUGUUAAAUAAGUAUAAAAAAAAUAAGAAGUGAAUGAAUAGAAAUAAGGAAGAUUAGUAUAACAUUUUAUAAAAUUUUAUAGGAAAGAUGUGCUGAAAGAAAAUUAAGAGAAAUAGAAUCUAUGCCCUAAAAACCUUAAUUAGAGGUAUAAUAAGUAGAUUAGAGAAUUAAAGAUUUAGAAUCUUCUAUUAAUUGUUUAUAUAGGUAAAAUUUAAUAAUAAAAAGUAGAUGGUAUGAAGCAAAGUUAAAAGAAGGAUCUUAAUAAAUUGUUCGUAGCAUUGAUGAUAAAUUAGGUACUGAUCCAAAUGCAGAAUUUAAUGACUAAUUAUUGAUUGUUGUAAAUUAAACUAUCAAAAAUGCACUUGAUAAAAUGAGUGAAGAUUUCAGGGAACAAUUAUGCUAAAUUAGAUAAAUGCUAUGAU